AUGACCUGGGCUGCUGCUGGAGCCCCUUCUGGCUGUCAAAGCCUCGAUGACCUGUGCUGCUGCCCCUGCCUCUUCUGGCUGUCAAAGCCUCAACGGCAUGCGCUGCUGCCACUGCCCCUACUGGCUGUCAAAGCCUUGAAGACCUGUGCUGCUGACACUGCCUCUUCUGGCUGUCAAAGCCUUGACGACCUGCUACACUGCCGCAGCCUCUUCUCGCUGUCAAAGCCUCGACGACCUGCGCUGCUACCUCUGCCUCCUCUGGCUGUCAAAGCCUCAACAACCUGCGCUGCUGCCGCUGCCCCUUCUGGCUGUCAAAGCCUCGAUGACCUGCUCUGCUGCCACAGCCCCUUCUGGCUGUCAAAGCCUUGA